UCCGGGGGCCUCGAACCUGCUUUUGUACAUUCCCAAUAGGUGGCGCGGAAGGGGAAAGAGGUUUCGGGGGCCGGUCGGGGCGGAUCCUCUCCUGCCUACCUCAUGUGAGCAGUUUCUUGAGCCCCCGUGAGACGAAAGCUGUUCCGAGAGGUGGAGCCGGUGACCGGGCCUGGACCAUGAGGCAGUGUCUCUUCUUCCUGACCAGUUGGGUUCCUUACGUGCUGGCGCCGCGACCUCUGGUAGACCCAGGCCAUGACUCCCUACAGCGACUCGAAAAGCUUGAUUAUUUACUCUCAGACUACGAUAUCCUCUCCUUAUCCAAUAUCCAGCAGCACUCAAUAAGGAAAAGGGAUCUACAGACCUCAACACAUUUAGAAACACUAUUAACAUUUUCAGCUUUGAAAAGGCAUUUUAAGCUGUACUUGACGUCAAGCACUGACCGGUUUUCACAAAAUUUCAAAGUAGUUGUAGUGGAUGGUAAAAAAGAAAGCGAGUAUGCAGUAAAGUGGCAGGACUUCUUCAGUGGCCAUGUGGUUGGGGAGCCUGACUCCAGAGUUCUAGCCCAUAUAGGAGAUGAUGAUGUUACAAUAAGAAUCAACACAGAUGGAGCAGAAUAUAAUAUAGAGCCACUUUGGAGAUUUGUUAAUGAUACGCAAGACAAAAGAAUGUUAGUUUACAGAUCUGAUGAUAUUAAGAAUGUUUCACGUUUGCAGUCCCCAAAAGUUUGUGGCUAUUUAAAAGGAAAUAAUGAAGAGUUACUUCCAAAAGGGCUAGUAGAGAAAGAGCCACCUGAAGAGCUUGUCCAUCGGGUGAAGAGAAGAGCUGAUCCAAAUCCUCUGAAGAACACGUGCAAAUUACUGGUGGUAGCUGAUCAUCGCUUUUACAAAUACAUGGGCAGAGGGGAAGAGAGUACAACUACAAACUAUUUGAUAGAAUUAAUUGACAGAGUUGAUGACAUCUAUCGAAAUACUUCAUGGGACAAUGCGGGUUUUAAAGGCUAUGGAAUACAAAUAGAACAGAUUCGCAUUCUUAAGACUCCAGAGAAAGUAAGACCUGGUGAAAGGCACUUUAAUAUGGAAAAAAGCUUUCCAAAUGAAGAAAAGGAUGCUUGGGAUGUAAAAACUUUGCUUGAGCAAUUUAGCUUUGAUAUAGCUGAAGAAGCAUCUAAAGUCUGCCUGGCGCAUCUUUUCACGUAUCAAGAUUUUGAUAUGGGAACUCUUGGAUUGGCUUAUGUUGGGUCUCCUAGAGCCAACAGUCAUGGAGGUGUUUGUCCAAAGGCUUAUUAUAGCCCUAUUGGGAAGAAAAAUAUCUAUUUGAAUAGUGGUUUGACCAGCACAAAGAAUUAUGGUAAAACCAUCCUUACAAAGGAAGCCGAUCUUGUUACAACUCAUGAGUUGGGACAUAAUUUUGGAGCAGAACAUGAUCCUGAUGGACUAGCAGAAUGUGCACCAAAUGAGGAUCAAGGAGGAAAAUACGUUAUGUAUCCCAUAGCUGUGAGCGGAGACCAUGAGAACAAUAAGAUGUUUUCAAACUGCAGUAAACAAUCAAUCUAUAAGACUAUUGAAAGUAAGUCCCAGGAGUGUUUUCAAGAACGCAGCAACAAAGUGUGUGGCAACUCCAGGGUGGAUGAGGGAGAAGAAUGUGAUCCUGGCAUCAUGUACCUGAACAACGACACCUGCUGCAGAAAUGACUGUACGCUGAAACCAGGUGUGCAGUGCAGUGAUAGGAAUAGUCCGUGUUGUAAAAACUGCCAUUUUGAGACUGCCCAGAAGAAGUGCCAAGAAGCUAUUAAUGCUACUUGCAAAGGCGUGUCUUACUGCACAGGUAACAGCAGUGAGUGCCCCCCUCCUGGAAAUGCAGAAGACGACACAGUUUGCUUAGAUCUUGGAAAAUGUAAAGAUGGAAAAUGUAUCCCCUUCUGUGAGCGGGAGCUGAAGCUAGAAUCCUGUGCAUGUAAUGAAACUGACAACUCAUGCAAGGUGUGUUGCCGGGACCCCUCUGGCCGGUGUGUGCCCUAUGUUGAUGCUGAGCAAAAGAACUUAUUUCUGAGGAAAGGAAAGCCUUGUACGGUGGGAUUUUGUGACAUGAAUGGCAAAUGCGAGAAACGGGUGCAGGAUGUGAUUGAGAGAUUCUGGGAAUUCAUCGACAAGCUUAGCAUCAAUACUUUUGGGAAGUUUUUAGCGGACAACAUCGUAGGUUCAGUCCUGGUUUUCUCCUUGAUAUUUUGGAUUCCUUUCAGCAUUCUGGUUCAUUGUGUGGAUAAGAAAUUGGAUAAGCAGUAUGAAUCUCUGUCUCUUUUUCACCCCAGUAAUGUCGAAAUGCUAAGUAGCAUGGAUUCAGCAUCAGUUCGCAUUAUUAAACCAUUUCCUGCGCCCCAGACCCCUGGGCGUCUCCAGCCCCUGCAGCCCACCCCCGUGAUGCCCCCAUUGCCAGUGGCUCCGAAACUGGACCACCAGAGGAUGGACACCAUCCAGGAAGACCCCAGCACUGACUCACACAUCGAUGAGGAUGCAUUUGAGAAGGACCCUUUUCCAAAUAGCACAGCUGCGAAGUCGUUUGAAGACCUCACUCACCAUCCUGUCACGAGAAGCGAGAAGGCGUCCUCCUUCAAACUGCAGCGUCAGAACCGUGUUGACAGCAAAGAGACAGAGUGCUAGGACAGGAAUCUACUUUGUGUGCAAAGUAUUUUUAUAAAUUUGAUCUAAAAUCAUUUGCAUAUAUUUUUGAAGAUUCCAGAGAAAUAGGGAAGUGACUUAACAGCAGAUGCUGGUCAUGUGUUUGAACUUCCUUUACUAAAUAAUAUUGUGUGAUUAGAUCUUUUUCCUUUUAAAGAGGUAAGGUGAAUCUAGCUUAUUUUGAGCCUUUCAGGUUUUAGUUUUUUGAUCUUUAAAAUAUCCUUCAACCUGUGGUGCAAAAGUAGAAAAUACAGCUGGAUUAGGUUAUGAAUAUUUACGUUUUUGUAAAUUGACAUUUUAUAUGGAUAAUAGCACUGAUGAGGGGGAUGUUAAUUUUUUUUAUACACUGUAACGAUCCGCUGAAUAUGAGGUAUUUAGCAAUUUUAUGACAACUGGAA